AUGGCACCGCAGCAAAAGCCCGGACGCCCAAGCUACCCGUACCACAUCACCCGCACAUACAAAUGCGGCCACCCGCCCGAGGGCAUUCGCGUCGAGAUCUCGGAGGAAGGCCGCCUGCGACAUGUAGUACUGGCCCACGCGGAGCCGCGGACGGUGGCGGAGAGGCGCAUUUGGCAGACGUGGAGCUUGGUGCGUUGUCGUCGUUGCGCUAUGGGACGGGGAGAUGAUCAUGGCCACGGGUUUGAUGACAGUGGUACUGCUCUGGGGGAUCUGCGACAUAGUGGCAGUGAGGUUCCGAUGACGAGUGUCGAGGUGGCGACUCGUCAGGGCAAGAGGGGGGGAUGUGGUGAUAGAUAUGGGGCAGCGUAUCCAAGGACACUGGAGCGGCGCCGGUGUGGGGAUAAUGGCACCGAGAAAGCAAAUGUGCAGCACCACGAGAGCGCUGAAAUAGGAGAAGAGAAAGUUGAUGGGGGAGACGGAGAUGGCAGUGAUGGCUCUGAAGAAGAUAUCUCUUCGGGCUAUCAGAGAGCUGAGCGAGUAUGCGAAGACGGCAAUCAUGUGUUUUCUGCAGCACCAUUUUCUCAACAGAGAUACAUGGACUUUCAGGAUGACGAGGGGCGACAUCUACCGCAACAAAGACUCUCGCAGACCUCACCUUCUCCUGGACAGAUUCCUCGAGGCAGUACAUGGACAGAAGACAACAGAUCACGAGGCAUCGAGGACGCAAACGAAAGACGAACACCAGACGCAAGUGCCCCCAAUGCCGACCGGGCCGUACAACCAGAAGACGAAGAUUCAGAAGGAAAUAUUGAAGAUACCAAUGCGGUCCCACUGCACACUCCAAUACCUUUGAUAGGGCGAGACGCUGCGGGAUUCUUCAUGUUCCAUGAGGCGGCGGAGAGCAGCAGCUCUGACGAAUCCUCCCGUAUGUCGUCCUGGCCGGUGGCUAGAUAUAAAAGUAUCGACUCGGCACAGAUCUUUGCUCAGAGGAAACCAACGAUGCUGAAGAAGGCGCUGCUGGGCCGUUUGAAGCUGCGAAAGGACAGUGCGGCAAAGAGGAAGAGUGACGGGGAUGAGAGCAGCGAGAAGAGCGUGAAGCCUGAUGACCAUGAAGGAGAGGGUCAUAGGUCAAUGGAUGACUUGAAGCUCAAGCGAGAAACAUUGUCAUCGAGUUCAUCAUAA